AUGACUCGUUAUUUCUGCUGUGGAAGCUACUUCCCAGGCUAUCCUUGCUAUGGAACCAACUUCCACGGGACCUUCAGGGCCACCCCCCUCAACUGCGUUGUGCCCCUGGGCUCUCCCCUGCACUAUGGCUGUGGCACUGCCUACAGCUCCCGGAACUACUGCUUUGAUGGCAACAACCUGAACAACCUGGGCUGUUGCUACGGUAGUAGCUUCUACAGGCCAUGGGGCUCUGGCUCCGGCUUCGGCUACAGCACCUACUGA